UUCCAACUAAAACCGCCAUCAAAAUUAUACACGCCAGCUUAGCAAGCCCCUGUUUAAUGGUCUCACUCCACCUGCAAGUUUGUUUGCCUCAAUUACGCGUAAUACUACCACCAAACCCAUCAUUUUCUUUUUAAGUUGUAUGCCCUAACACGACAAGUAAAGGACAAAGAGUUUUGUUUUGUCCUGCUUUCGGUAUCAGAAGUCUGAAGGAAUUUUACCGGGAGAAUUUGAGCAGAUAUUUUUUGUUGUUUAUCUGAAACAACAGGAAAUUAAUAUGAUAGCUCCAGGCGAGCCUUGCACCAGCCCUAGCAAUAGCCAGAAUGUGAAGAUUUCAUUUGGCAUGUUUAGGCCCGGAGAUGGCUGUGACAUUAAUGAUGCAGUCACCCACAUGACCAAAGUAGCAGCUGCGAUAGAGAAGUCAAGUAAUAUCAAUGUGGCCAUUCUCAAGUGCCUGGAUGAUUCAUGGGCAGCGGUUUUCAUAGUAUGGAAAGGAGGAUCACAAAAUGCAGAGAACUCCGCCUUAAAUCUCCCUGAGGCAGCUGUCUUUACCAAGGGAUUAAAGUCUGCAGUGAGAACAAUAGACUCAGGGUGGUUUCAGCGGAGUUCCCAGCAAACAAGCCAAGGCAUUCCCUUUGCACAGCUCUCCUCAGGGGACAUUGUCAGCAUCCGCAGACUAUAUUGCAGCUCGAAUAGACAGGAUGACCUCUCCUACUCCUGCCUUGCCAUUCUCAGGUCAUAUUUCAACCGCCUCAAAGGGAUACUUUCCUAUUCAUUCUAUGAUUCACUAGAUGGAAAACAGGUAAUCGGUUUAGGAGUAUGGGAUGGCAUAGAAUCAGCAUCAGCUAUGGUGAAAUAUCCUCACACAAACCCUGCACUACCGUACUGGAAAGAGAUCGGAGCAAAAAAGCUAAAGUACCAUGUCUGCCAAGUUGUCUAUGUCACCUCCACAACCUCCAACCAAAAUUCCAGGCCAGGCAUUAGAAUCUAGUUCUGAGUUUUUACUUGUGUCACGCUCUGGUCUAGCGGUUGAGACGGGGUGUUUCCAGUGCACCUCAGCAGGGGUAUGCUUCCAAGUGAAAGAUGGCAAACAGUAGGAACUGUUUCAGUGUUUUCAGCCUCGAUUUUGUAUGGAAGAUAUUCUUUUAAUAGAUUGAAGGUGGCCAUCGCCAUGGCCACAAGCAUAUUGUAAAACUGAUUUCCAAUUUUGUGACCUGAAUUUUAGUUCUGGUUGUGGACAAUCAGGCAUAUAAUGAUUUUACUGGUUUUGGGUAUGAAGAGCCAAUAUAGAAGUUAUUUAUCCGCAUAUCAUUGAUGAUAAUUAUCUAUCCAACAGUUGAGUA